AUGCUUAGAUUGCCAUCAUAUGUAAAGGACACCACAGAUUUCAUCAACAAAUUACGUAAUAUUAAACUACAAAGCAAAAACACAUAUUUGGUAACACUAGAUGUCUCUUCACUUUAUACUAAUAUACCACAUACGGAUGGAACUGAUGCGUGUUUGUAUUAUUUAAGACAAGGAAAUAAUAACAGCAGACUUUCGUCAGAUGAAAUUGUUAAACUUUUGAAACUUAUUCUUGAAAAUAACUACUUCAAGUUCGGGGAUGACUAUUUUCUUCAGAAAAUGGGUACCGCUAUGGGAAGCCCAGUCGCCCCCGCGUACGCAGCACUUUUUAUGGGGAAAUUCGAAGAGGAGUUUUUGAAAGAUAGUCAGCUUAAACCGUCAUUGUGGCUUCGUUUUCUAGACGAUAUUUUUAUGCUUUGGGAUCAUUCUCUUGAAGAACUUAACACAUUUAUUGACAAAAUCAACAAUGUUCACCCAAGCAUUAAAUUCACCCACACCAUAUCUCAACAAUCUGUUUCGUUUCUUGAUGUUCAAGUAUCAAAAGGAAAAUCGUACGAACUUCAAACUAAUGUUUAUGUAAAGGAAACUAACAACCACCAAUAUCUUGAUUAUACAUCCUGUCAUCCAAAACGGUGUAAAGACGGAAUACCCCACAGUCAGGCUAAGCGUUACAGGAGAAUUAUAUCCGACGACGACGUGUUCUCUACUUCACUGAGCAAACUACGAGAAUUCUUCAUAAGUAGAAAUUUCCCUGAGACGGUUAUAGAUUCAGCGUUUCUUCACGUGUCACAGAUGUCACAAGAGGAUGCCUUACGGCCACAAGAUAAAGAAAAGAAAAACGUUCUUCCAUUUAUUGUGACAUAUAAUCCGUCCUUACCUAAUAUUGGAAAUACUAUUCAUAAAUAUUGGGACCUACUAAAUCUGUCAAAAAACGAAGGUGUUAAAAAUAUUCACAAUAACUACACACCCAUAAUUGCCUAUAAACGUCCAAGAAACUUACAAGACUUUUUAGUUAGAUCUAGAUUUGAUACUGACAGUGACUUUACAUCACAUUCUGGAGGUUGUUGUAGAAAACGCUGUUCUCAUUGUGUUCGUAUUAAUAGUGACUUAAGACAAUUAGUCUUUGGCAUUACUCACAUCAUGCAUGACAAUGUUCUAGCAUCUAAAGUCUAG